AUGCAGCUCUACCACUCCGACCCUGAACAGAAAUUGAGAAUCGAGACAAUGACAGAAGAGGAGUAUGAGAAGCGUGAGGUGCUCCAUUACGCACCUGAUGCAAAUGGGAGUGUUGGCAAAUACAUGCUACCCGAAAAUGAGGUGAGGAGGGCAGUUGCCAAAGCUGCGCUCACCAUGGCACGACCUAGGAAACGCAAGGCAGACUUACCAGACUCACCGGAAGGGAAUACAGUCAGAGACAGUAAGAUAGAGUCUCCAUCUCCCAAGCGAGUUAGGAAGAAGUCCAAAGCCACCCACAUGCGUGCUCCAGCAAAGGCCAAGCCUCCUCGCAUGGUUCCUGGGAACAACAGUCAGGUGAAUGAAGCUAGACUGCCACAGAAUAAGGCGUGGGUCAUUGUCACCGAUACUCCCUUCAAGGAUAGAGCCGCUCGACUUGUUGAAGCCGAAGGCCACUCACACGCAUGCUUUAGCAAAGGCCAAGCCCCCUCGCAUGAGGCCCGGGAACAGCAGUCAGGUGGACAGAGCCAGACUGCCACAGAAUGA